AUGGCAUACCUCCGCUGCACAGCCGCUCCAAUCUUACGGCCAUGUUUGUCUUCGAGCUUCGCGCAUUCACUGAAACCUUAUGCUCUAAACAGUGGCAUUCGCUACCUCUCUAGCACUGCGACUCUCCGCAGCGCAACGAUCUCUCAAACGCAUAUCUUUAAUGAUGUAGCUCCAUUGCGAAAAUUUCGACGAGAGCUCCUUUUCAACAACCGUACGGUCGGCCUCGUACCUACCAUGGGGGCACUGCACGCUGGCCAUCUUUCUCUUGUCCGGCAAGCAGCUGCGGAGAACACAGACGUCUUCGUUACCGUCUACGUGAACCCCACACAAUUCGGCUUGAACGAGGACCUGGCAUCGUACCCAAAAACUUGGGAAGCAGACCUGGAAAUGCUGCACCAGCUGAACCAAGAACUGGCAAGCACAGGCCAGGGACGCGUGUCUGCUGUGUUUGCGCCGAGCACCAAAGUUAUGUAUCCCAUACUGCCUCCUGAUAGCGCCAUACCGGGUGCAGGAAGCUUUGUUGAGAUGCGACCGUUGGGUCAACUGCUUGAAGGCGCCUCAAGACCUGUCUUCUUCCGCGGUGUAGCGACAAUCUGCAUGAAAUUGUUCAACAUUUGCACACCCGACCGUGUUUACUUUGGUCAAAAAGACAUUCAGCAAACCGUCGUUAUAAAGAGGCUCGUCAAAGACUUUCAUCUAAACACGGACGUGCGAAUUGUCGCGACCUCACGAGAGUCAGAUGGUUUGGCGUUGUCUUCUCGUAAUGUCUAUCUUGGCGCCCGUCGACGCAAUGUGGGUAUUGUGCUCAACCAGGCACUGCGAAAGGCCGAGGCCCAGUACAAGGCUGGAAAAAGAUUACGGGGCGAUAUUCUGUGGCCAGCUGUUGAUCAUGGCGACAAGGUCCAACUCGAGCAGGAGACAAUGGAACCGAACGAACGCGUCAGGUUUCAAGUCGAUUACCUCAGUCUCGCGGACCCGGACACCAUGGAAGAAGUGGAUCAGGUCGAUGCAACCAAGGGCGCGAUUCUUAGUGGCGCGGUCAAGAUGCUGCCUGUUGAAGAGCCCCAAGAGGACGAGGAACUGGGCGUUGGUGGGGGUCAAAUUCCUGUCCGGUUGAUCGACAACCUAGUCUUAGACCCUGUUGAAUAA